CUUUGGCUGCGUCUUAUCGGCAGGCACCAGAGCAGACCGAAAAGCACCUCACCUCUCUCAGAGGGACGUUGUGAGCGGUGGAGACGGUCACAGCUGGAUGGGCUUCCCGAGAAUCCCUCGGUGCUGGCUGGAGCAUGACCGGGUCGUGAGCUCGCUCAGCAGCACUCACAGCGUCCCAUCUGGGUCACCAAAAUGUUAGCGUUCAGGAAUACACAUAAUCACAGAUUGAUUAUAUGCAGGUGCUUUAUUGAAGUGCGUGGGCACUAGGUGCAUCAGCAACCCAAAUCUACCUCCAUCGUCUUUGUCCAAAGUGCACAUAUUUCUACAAUUUCAGCUGUAGCAGUAAUCACUAUAAAAACCUUAUCAAUAUUGCUUCAUUAAUAAAUCUUCAUUAGCUUUAUCUGUAUUGAUUCAUGAGAGUUAGCUCAUCCUUGUAUGAACAUGUCCGAAUCUUAUCUCUGGGUGGGUAUCUUGGAGACCCCAAGUACCAGCUCCCUUUACCAUAAACAUUUCAGCUUGCUAGACCAUCCCUAAUACCAAGCAUUCUUGUGGCCUACCUCUACAUGAUUUUAAGAAACAUUUUCAGAAACAUUUAACCCCAUAGUAACAUUUUGUUGUUUGGAGGAUUUUUGGGCUGAAUCUUUGUGUGUAGGAGGUUCUUACAGACACAAGAUGCCCAAUGACUUCCUGAGAUGAACUUGGUCAAGGAGGAACCCCCAGCCCAAUGAGCUCUCCUUUUGUUUUUUCCCCCAAAACCAGGAUUUUUCAUUCCCAAGGUGUGGCCAGAUGGAGGAGGAGGAAAAGCCCUGGAGAUGCCGUACAAGGAGGGGCUGCAAACCCAGUCCAGGGAGUUGCGAGGAGGAAAGAUCCCCCCAGUGCCAGGAACAUGGCCAGAGAUCUAGCCGGAGCUCAGAGCUGGGGGAGAAGCCCCACAAGUGCUUGGAAUGUGGGAAGGGAUUCAGGUGGAGCUCUGACCUGCUCCGGCACCAGAGGAUCCACACUGGUGAAAAGCCCUACGAGUGUGGGGAAUGUGGGAUGACCUUCAGAGACAUCUCUGGCCUCAUGCAGCACCAAGUGACCCACACUGGGGAAAAGCCCUACGAGUGUGGGGAAUGUGGGAAGAGCUUCAGCCAGAGCUCCAACCUGAGGAAUCACCAGAGGAACCACACAGGGGAAUGGCCCUACGCCUGCUUGGAAUGUGGGAAGAGCUUUGGAUGGAGGUCUGACCUGAGAAAACACCAGCUCAUCCACACUGGGGAGAGGCCCUAUGAGUGUCCUGAGUGUGGGAAGAGGUUUCAGCGCAGCUCCACUCUCAUCAGACAUGAGCGGAUUCACACAGACGAGAGGCCCUUCCGCUGCCCCGACUGCGGGAAGAGCUUCAACCGCAACUCCACCCUUGUCAGGCACCGGCGCAUCCACAGUGGGGAGAGGCCCUACGAGUGUCCCCAGUGUGGGAAGAGCUUCUCACAGAGCUCUCACGUGACCCAACACCAAAGGAGUCACCAGUGAGGGAAGCCCUGUGAAUGCCCCGAGUGCGGGAAGAGCUUCGUGCGCUGCUCCAACUCCAUCCCCCAUGGGAGGAUCGGCAUUGGAUGAUCCCCAGUGACCCCCGUUGGGCAGAGCCCUGGUGAUCCGUGUUGGGAAGACAUCUGGCUGGGAGGCUGCACAUCUUCCUGGCUCCCUGUGGGCACCUGGAUGAAAUCAGGGGAAUGAAAAUCCAUCAGGACACAAACCAAUAAUAAGAAUUCCUUUGGGAGAGCAGCUUUGUUGACUUUCAAUCCCAGAAAACUGUUUGUUAAAGCUAACAGAUUCACAAGCCGUAUUUGUUACACUUCAACAUCUUCCCAACACCUCUCCUUCCUUUUCUGGGAAUUCAACACUAACUUAUUGUCAAUAAAUUCUGCAAGUGCUCUUGCUGCGUAAAGCCA